AUGAGCGUGGCUGUUCUCCUCCUCCUGGGGCUGGGGCUGUUGGAGGUGGAAGGCAGAUGUUUCUUCAACCGCACUGAAGAGCACUGUGUCUGCUACAGACUGUCCCAGGAAAGUAUUAGCAGCAUCAUCCAGUGCCUCCCCGCCACUGUCGUGGAGUUUUGGGGGGGGAAGCUGGAGAGAUACAUAGACUUCCCCAUCAGUGACCCAGACCCCUCAGCCAUUGAUAUGCUGGGCUCCCUUGUCAUCAGGAAAAUAAUUUUUGGUGAUCUCCUGGUGCCUGAGAUGCUCCUUGCCAAAGUCCUGAGGUUCUUCUCCUACACCCAGGUGCAGGAGCUGGUGUUUGAGAGCUGUGUUUUCCAGGGAAGAGGCAACUGGGAUAAAAUGGCUGGCUGGGAUUUGCCCAUAUCAUCCCUGCGCUUCCAAAACGUGACAUCUGCCCCGUUGACGGGCCGUGAGCAGGACUUCUCCAGUCUGAGCAGGUGGCUGGAGACACUUCAGGAGCUGGCUGUCAUUGGCUCCCACGUCACCACCCUGCCCUGUAGCAUUGGAAAGGUGUUCAGAGCUCUGCGCUCCCUGGACAUGGCACAAAACAGUCUUGGGGAUGAGAGCUUGAUGCCUGCUUUCUGCAAGGGGGCUUUCCCUCACCUCCAGGUACUGAGUCUGCAACGCAACAACCUAAGGUCCUACCACAGCGUGUGUGAAAGCGUGCGGCUGCUGCAUGAGCUCCAGCACCUUGAUCUCAGCCAGAACAAGCUUGUGGCAGAUCCAUCCUCCUCCUGCCAGUGGCCAGCGUCCCUCCGAAUUUUUAACUUGUCUGACGCUGGUUUGGAAGAAGUCCUCACACCUCUGCCUCCCAGCAUAGAAGUGUUGGAUGUGAGCUGCAACCACCUCCACGCUGUAGACAUGUCCCUCAGCUCCCUGAAGAAGCUCCUCCUGAACCAAAAUGUCUUGCAGGCUGCCCCUCCCAUCAGGAAUUACCCCAUGUUGGACACUCUCCACCUAGACAACAACUCAAUUACAGAGCUGCCAUGGGAUGAGGUGAAGCUUCUGAGGCACCUACGGGAUGUGGCUGCGGCUGACAACCCCUACAAUUGCUCAUGCUCGGGGGCUGGGGGACUCCAGGCGUUGGCGGCCAUGGGGCACCUGGGGCAGGGCUGGCCCCAGGGCUACACGUGUCACUCCCCACCUCGCUACCAGGGCAGGCUGGUGAAGGACGUGCCGGUCUCAGUGCUGCGGUGUAACAGCGCUGCGGUGAUUGCCCCCAUCUGCAUUGCCGAGAAAGUCCUGGAGGUGGCAAUGGUUCCCCUUGGCUACAGCGUGUCCCUGCUCCUGUGGGACCCCCAUGGCCCUGGGACCCAGCUACCCUUCCAGAACAUUGUCUGGCAGGUGAUUGACACCAUCUUCCAAGAACUGGAGGCUUUGGAGGGUGAUACGCGGAUUCUGCAAACUGUCAGCCUGGUCCAGGUCUGUGCCCAUGAUAAAGCCUGGGACCUGCUCUGUGCUGAUGGCCGAGCCCUGCAAGUGAUGGAUGUUGCACCCUUGGGCCUGAUGGUGGAGGAGGCCAUGGAAAUUGCAGUGUCCGAUGCCCAAACUGCCAUCGGUGUCUACGCCUGGGGGCUGGGCGCCAUGCCAGCACUGUUCCAGGGGGGAGCACAGCAGCGCCCCACCGACGGGGCACCUAGCACCAGCUGCCUGCCCUGGAUCAUUGAGCAUCUGCUGGAGGGGAACAGCCUGACGUUCCUGCUGCUGUGUGUGACGCUGCCAGAGGUGGCAGCACGUCGGAGGGAGAUCCGGGGGCUGCGGACGGAGCUCCUGGCUGGAGCUGGCCUCCCUGAGCAGAAGAUGGCUGUGGCCCAGCUGCGGAGAGCCCUGCGGGAGCUGCAGGUGCUGAAGAGCCAAAGGUGGGAGAAGAAGCAGGCAGCAGCUGAGGUGUUCAGGACAAGCCAGAUGCAUCAGCCCAGUGUUAAGCCCAGGUGCCAGCCCUGCCCAUCCCUGGAGGUGCAGCACGCCCUGGCCAAGGCACACAGGCAGCGGCUGCGGGCUCAGCACUGCCUGCUCCUCCAGCGAGAGCUCGGGGAUGGGGCAGCACCAGGCCAGGAGGCAAGCAGGCAGUGGGAUGCAGCUCGCUGGCAGCAUGAGGUGGCCUCGAUGGGCUUGAGACUGGAAGCAGCAGAGAGGGAGCGGGAUGCGGCUGAGUGGGAGCUGGAGGCCUUGCUGCAGAGCCACAGACAGGUGUUCCCACAGGCACUUCGGGACCAGCAGCACCUGGCACAGGAGCAGAGGGAGGCCCUGGACCGUCAGCACCGGGUGCUGCUGCAGGAGGUGGAAUAA